AUGGAAAUACCUUGCCAGAAAUGGGAAAUCGAACACGUAAAUAGGAUGGGAAAAAAAUCAGGAAAAGUCAGACCAGUGGUUGUCACAAUAACAACAACAAGCAGAAGAAUAGAGAUACUUAAGAAGAAAAAAUCGCUGGAGGGUACAAAUAUUUACCUGAAAGAAGAUUUUCCACCUAGCGUGUUACAAAAACGGAAAGAGUUACAAGAAGACCUUAAACGCGAGAGAGAGUCAGGAAAAAGAGUGGCUUUACGAUACGACAAAAUUGUGACACUAAAAGCACGUGUAUCUGAAGUACAUACACCCACAGAAAGAAACAUAAACAAACGUUUUAUGUCUAAAUCGCCUGAAGAAACAGUGAAUGAAACUACAAAAGAAUACGACAACGAAAAAACAAAACAAGUACCUAAAAGAAAUAAGUCACAUACUAUAACCAGCUUCCUACGUCCGUCGCAGCUAAAUCUCAACAAUCGAGCAAUAGCAACUGUAAACGCAGAGGUACAAAACCAAUAUGACAAGCUAGAACAAGAGUUACAAGAGUUUCUGAAACAGCUGCCACGGAAAAAGAAACACGUAAACAGAUAUAUAAAUGAAGAAACAAAAGAUCUCUUAGAACAGAGAAAAGGGUUAUACAUGAAGAAAAGAACAAAAGAAUUAAAAUGUGAAAUAACAAGAAUAAGCAAAAAAAUUAACAGAAAUAUUACCCAACAAAAAAGAAGAAUACGACAAAGAACAUUUGAAAAAUUCAUAGGUAAAACAGGGGCUCUACGUAAAGCUUAUAAAGAAUUGAGCGACAAGGCAGAGUGGACAGAAAAACUGAGAAACAAACAGGGAAUUGUGCAAUCAAGACGUCCUGAUAUCAUAAACGAAGCCACACAAUUCUAUAAAAAGCUUUAUACUACCACAGAUGGCAGUUGCUCCCUCUUAUGUGAAAAACCAGGCGAAUAUAAUAGAGUGAAUGCAAACAUAGAAAUACCAAUCAUUCUCAGAUCAGAAAUCGAACACGCAAUAAAAUCUCAAAAAGACGACAAGUCCCCAGGAAGUGACAACAUUGCUAACGAAGUUCUUAAAGCGCUAACCGCUACACUUUUGGAACCUCUUCAAACAUUGUUCAAUAACAUACUCAGAACCGAAACCACACCUGAUCAAUGGUCAAAAUCUACAAACAUACUGCUUUUCAAAUAA